GUGGCUCUUCUUUGGGUUCCUCAUGUGCUGCGUCAAGGCGUUGACCCUGCCCGCAGUGGUCAUCAUUUACAGCGAGUUCACAGCACCCUCUCCGCUGCCACGAACAUCACCACGCUGUCGUUUCCCUUCACCAUGGCCAACAGCAGCGGCGGCGGGUACACCAUUCCCACGGGGACCCUGAGCAUCCUUCCCAUAGCGGCGAACGCCCAGCUGCCGACCAUCACGACAACAGCCAGUGGCUACGAGCCCAAUGACGUCAUCACCACGAUCCCCGUCUCGUUCUCCAUUCAGCGCUUCCCCUCGUCCCUGUCCAUCGUGGACCUGGCCCAGGAGCAGGACGGCUACAGCAACAGUGGCUCCAGCAACGGCAUGACCGUGGGGCCGGGUGCGGGCGGCGGCGGCGGCAUCACCACCACGGCCCUCCUGUCCGUGAAGCCCCUGAACGGCGGCAACGGCAACAUUUCGCGGAACAACAGCUUCAGUCUGAGCUUCAACCUGCACGACCCCACAGUGCGCUCCUCGGUGCGUUCGGCAGGAGCCCCCACAGUGGAUACAGUGGACAACUCUUCAUCCGGUGGCACGAUCGCCCUGCCCCAGAGCGGCGCCACGGCAACGGCCACGAGUGCUACCUCAACCCUCGCCAAACACAUUCCCGAGGCCAAGACAGGAGAGGUCUAUGUCUGA